AUGAAUGGAGGCAAGCGACAGAGCCCUAUUUUGGCAACAGUGCCUUCAAAGCCUGGAACGUUCUCUGAGAGUCUUGCUGGCAUUGUCCUGGAGAGUGACAAGGACGAUGAGAGGAUGAAGAGUCACCCCGUUCACAGCGUGGCAUACAACGGCAUCAACGGCAUCAUCUACAACAGCACCAUCCUCGCCACCGGCUGCUUCUCCGCCCGCGAGCUAUGGAGACUCUCUAAAACCUCCAUCAUGACCAUGGGCAGUGGCGGGACAGGUGUUAACACAAUCAAGAUGGAAAACCCUCCUUACUACACCACAUACACGUCUCCUGUGCCAGACCACACGCUGAUGGCUGGGACGUAUAGCACAUACAUGGAGCGAGCUGACAGCCCCCUCUCCAUGGGGCGGACACACGACCCCCACUCCCCCCUGGAGCCCCGCAGCAAGCGUGUCCGCCGGCUGAGCUCUGAGGAGGACACCCUAGACAAGACCGAGCUUGCCUACUACACCCAGUCCCCGGCGUCCCUUUCGUCCCACACGUCCUCGUGGCACUCAGACAUCGACCACGGUGGGUUGGUGGCACCCUCCGCAGCCUCAGCGCCUCCUGCAGCCGCCUCAGUCGCAGCGUCUAGCACCUACCUCCACCCUCACACCCCCCCUCACCACACCUCGCAACACACCCUCGGUCCCCCAUCGGUACACUCUCCCCACCUGGUGCACAGUGGAGGAAAAGUUACCAUAGCCGCGUCAGGUGGUCUACAGCCUGUAGUUAGAACUCCUUCCGUAGAGUCACUGUCUAGUCACGAACAGCACACACGCAACGUUGUAUCGCCACACAAUCGAGAAGUCUUGUGCCCGUCCACAGUGCUGCCCCCAAUGUCCCUAAGCAGCACUGUGAUGGCAGCGACCCCCAGCUAUUAUCACGAGGCAGCUCCAGCAUCGCCCACCAAAUACCACGAAAACGGGCAUGACACUUUCUCAGACUUUGUGACGCUCGUGUGCCAGGAGGCUCAGAAUACGCAACAUACGCAGCAAGCCUCUCCUCCCGGCGUGUCCCGCAGCCCGACCAAAAUCCAGGGCGGUUACUACACGGCAGGUACAAUGCUCCCCCCUCCUCCUCCACCGCCCAUGGCACGACCUGUGGCCAUCAUUCGCUCCACAGCUGACCUGGCCCACAGCGGUAGUGUUUCUCCGGGGCCUGUCUCCCCCCCACACUCAGCUGCUGGAAGUAGUGGGGGAGGUAAUGGAGGAUCUAUCCUUCCCGAUGUCUCGCCUCCAGACCGACGCGACGAAGGACUCAGCUCCCCCCCUCCUGCAACCUCCGCUCCACCAGUCUCACAGAUGUUUGUGUGUGACGCUAGCUUUGGAGGUGUGCGUAUGUACCGGCAGGAUGGUCCUCUGCGCUUAGCCAUCACGAGCCGACAUGAUACCCCCCCCUCCCACACCCCCCACCACCACCACCAUCAGCACGGCCAGCUCUUCACGUACUCCAGCAUGAGUCCAGUCAGCGCCAUGUCGGGUGUCAUAUCCCCGACCAGCAUGAGCCUCUUCACGUCCCCGGGCACCACCCCGCGCACGACCCCUCGCUCCACCCCUCCCGUGCCGCGCUGGAACACCCCCUUCAUCAACCUGGACGAGAAUAUGGACUACACUACCAUGUCGACGCUGAUGCCCACUCUGCCUGCCGACGCCACCUCCGCGCAGCUCAUCGAGGAUGACCGGUACUUCACGACCGUGGUGCACAGCAGUGAGGCCACCGUUGCUGCAGCAGCAGCAGCGGCAGCGGCGGCAGGGCCCCCCCCAUCAGGGAGCUCAGGGCCCCCUCCACCUCCUCCUCCUGCCAUAGACACAAGCCCCGAGCCCAAUCCCAUUCUCAACCGAUGCUCGUCUCUCGUCCGGCAGCUCUUCACGUACUCCAGCAUGAGUCCAGUCAGCGCCAUGUCGGGUGUCAUAUCCCCGACCAGCAUGAGCCUCUUCACGUCCCCGGGCACCACCCCGCGCACGACCCCUCGCUCCACCCCUCCCGUGCCGCGCUGGAACACCCCCUUCAUCAACCUGGACGAGAAUAUGGACUACACUACCAUGUCGACGCUGAUGCCCACUCUGCCUGCCGACGCCACCUCCGCGCAGCUCAUUUACCGGUACUUCACGACCGUGGUGCACAGCAGUGAGGCCACCGUUGCUGCAGCAGCAGCAGCGGCAGCGGCGGCAGGGCCCCCCCCAUCAGGGAGCUCAGGGCCCCCUCCACCUCCUCCUCCUGCCAUAGACACAAGCCCCGGGGCACACCCAGGGGCCCCCCACACGCCCACCAAGUCUCAGUCCACAUAA